AUGGGGUGUUUGAGCUUGAAACCCGCGCCGGACUCAGCAAAUGAUGAAGCACUGCAGCGCAAUGCUACAAUCGAGAACCUCCUAAAAUCCGACAAGAAAAACAUGGCCAGGACUAUGAAGCUCUUGUUGCUUGGUGCCGGUGAGUCAGGAAAGUUGACAAUCAUCAAGCAAAUGCGCAUUAUCUACUCAGAUGGGUUUUCCGAGGAUGAACGCCGCCAGACACGAGCAGUAGUUUAUUCUAGCAUCAUCGUCGCAUUCAAAGUAUUGUUGGAUAUCAUGAGUGUAAAGAAUAUCGAUUUCGAGACUACGAGGGCCAGAUUAUCGGGCAGCUUCAUCGAUAAAACAGAGCCCGGUGUGGACUCCGGUGGACCGUCCUUGGAUACAGCGGUUUGUGACGCAUUGAGAGAUAUGCGUGAGGACUCAGGGGUUCGGGAAGCCAUCGAACAGAGUCACGGUCUCGCUUUACACGAUAACCUGCUUUAUUUUUAUAAUUCCUUUGAUCGCAUCCCCACUCCCGGGUGGCUCCCCGACAAUCAGGACACGCUGCAAGCACGGCUCAGAACAACAGGAAUCACCGAAUCCUACUUCGAAUUAGGCCAUAUGAAUUGGCGGAUGAAAGACGUGGGCGGACAACGAUCAGAGCGAAAGAAGUGGAUCCAUUGCUUCGAGGAUGUUGGGUGUCUUAUUUUCGUGGUUGCUCUAUCCGGCUACGACCAGUGCCUGGUUGAAGACCAGAAUGCUAACCAAAUGCACGAGGCGAUGAUGCUCUUCGACUCGUUGGCCAACAGCAAAUGGUUCAAACGCAAACCCAUAAUUCUGUUCUUGAACAAGAUUGAUAUAUUCAAGGAAAAGCUUGCCAUUUCACCUGUCUCUACAUAUUUUCCAGAUUCAAUGGCUCGAAUAAGGUCUUUGGUGGUGCUGCUGCAUAUUUCGCCGACCGUUUUCGUGGCAUUAGUGUUGUGA